UUUCGAUUUUAAUUUCAACGUAUACCUUUCAUAAAUUAAAGUAAUUUUGUUUGCUCAUGUUAUUAUUUCUUAGUACCACUGGUACUAUUUGUAAUUGGUGUUUAUUUUUAAGCAAAUUAUUAUUUUAAUUAUGACCAUAGCCAUUUUAGGCGGUGGACUCGCUGGCCUAAGUGCUGCAUAUUACCUAAAACGAGAAAGAGGAAUUGAAAAAAACCAAUCAAUACAAAUUAUUGAAGCCAGCAAUCAUACAGGUGGCUGGAUCCAAUCGUGGAAAGAUGAAAAUACUAAUGUUAUUAGUGAGCUUGGUCCUCGAACAAUUAGAGGUCGCGGAAAAUCGGCCAAUAAUACAUACAGUUUAAUAAAAGAUUUAGGUAUUGAGAAUCUAGUGCGUAAUGUAGGUAUUGAUGCUUCUGCUAGAUACAUAUUUGCAAAUGGAAAUAUACAUCAAUUACCUAUGAGUGUCUGGAAAGCUCUGUUUACAGUAAAUCAACCAUUCACUAAACCAUGGAUAUAUUAUGUCUUACGUGAGUGUUUUUCAUCAAAUAGUAGCAAAGUUAAAUCAUCAGAUAAUGAUGAAAGUGCUUACAACUUUUUUUGUCGCACAUACGGACAAGAAUUUGCUGACUACUUGAUUUCACCGUUAUUGUGUGGAGUAUGUGGUGGAAAUGCCAAGCAAAUGAGUGUUAAGUUUAUGUUUGGUGCCUUAUAUGAAGCAGAACGUAAACAUGGAACAGUUGGAUUAGGGUUAUUAAAAGAACAGUUAAGUUCCAUUUGGAAUCGUGAAAAAGUAAAUGAUACAAAGGCAACUAAUAUUGUUAAACCUCCACCAUCAGUUUAUUAUUUAGAUGGAGGCCUGCAACGUUUAAUCCAUGCUUUAGAUAUUGAUAACGAGUCUCAAGGAAUUCAUACAAAUCUAAACACUGAGUGCACAGAGUUACAUUUUCACGAAAACGGAAAUGGUGCCAGAAUUGGGUUGUCUAAUGGCAAACAGUUGGAAUGUUCACAUGUUAUUAGUGCAUUGCCUGCACAUAAAUUAGCUUCACUCUUCCCUGUUAAAUCUCAGCAUUCAACAUUAAUACAGCUAUUAACAUCUAUACCUAUGGUAUCCAUUGCAACAGUAAAUUUAACAUAUGAUAAUCCUAAAGUGAUGGGUUCUUACAAAGGUUUUGGAGUUCUUUCUUCGCCACUUGAAAAAUUGUCUCUGUUGGGUAUUAUAUUUAAUAACUAUAUUUAUGGGCAUAGUGAUCGUGUUGAUCUUACAGUCAUGAUGGGUGGAUAUGGAUUUAAAGAACAUUUUAUUAAAAACUCUAAAUGUUUGUCUGAAGAAAAACUUGCUGACACAGCUGUUGGUCAUGUCAAACGUGUGCUUGAUAUUCAAUCAAAACCUAAUACAUAUAGCACGCAAGUAUUAAAAGAUUGCAUUCCACAAUAUACAGUUGGACAUUAUGAACGUGUAACAAAAAUUCAAGAAUAUAUUAAUGUUAGGCGUUUACCAUUGACAUUGGUUGGUUCAUCGUAUGCUGGAAUUAGUAUCAAUGAUGUGAUAUUUGCGUCGAUGACUGCAAUGCGAAAAUUAUGUAGAUAACAAUAAAUUGGAAAUAUAUACUUAAAUUAUUCUAGGAACUUAUUACUUGGAAAUCAAAUAUUGGUAUUUUUUGUGUUAUUUAACAAACAAUUAUUUAUUACAUUUAAGACAG